AUGCUGCUGACAUAUAAAUGCCCAGCCUGUUUAACAUUAUUAACAAGAAAUUGCCGUUUAAGUACAACUCAGUCAAAACUGUCUAAUGAACACUUAAAAAAAAUUAAGGAAUUCAGAAAAACUACCAAUUUAUCUAUCAGCAUAUGCAGAAGUAUUUUAAGUAAUAAUAAUUAUGACAUUGGUAAAAGCGUAAAUUAUAUUUUUCAAAAUUUAAAUGAAAAUUACGAAAAUAGAAAGAAGAAAUUAACAGAAGGUUAUUACUGCUUAUCAUCGGAGGGCAAUUUGAUAGGAAUAACUGAAUUAAACAGCUUCAAUGAUUUAAUAUCAGAGAACAUAUAUUUUAAAGAGUUGUUAAUAAAUUUGUGCAACGGUUUAAUGAAUGAUAAUAUCAAUAGAAAAACAAAUUACUUAAAUAUAGAUAAUCAAAAAAUUUCGCACUAUAUGCAUUUAUUCUAUAAAAACAACAAAAUAUAUAUUGACAAAAAAUUAGAAAAUAUUGAAGAUAUAAAUACUUUUAAGCAAAUUUAUUUUAAUAGAAGUAUUAACCAAUUAAUUAAAUACACUUCCUACAUUUUAAAUGACUAUAUAUUUUUAAGGAAAUAUUUCAUACUGAAUUUAGAUUAUUUAAAUCAAUUAGACCAUUUAGAUAAUUUAUAUGAUAUUACUAUAAAUGCAUAUAUAAUAAAAAAAAGAUAUCAUCAUAAAGAAGUACGAAUCGACGAUUUUAUUUUGUGUAAAGGCUUUUCGUUUGCAUUUUUGCUCAUAAAAUCUAGUGAAAAGCUUACUGAUGAGAGUAUAUUAAUACUUGAAAAGUUAGCCUCCAUUAUUUGUAUAAAUAUGCUAAUAUAUAAAUCAAAACAUUGUUCAAAAUCAAAUUUAAAUAAGUUUGACAUUCAUAAUUGUUUUCAACACAAUUUUUGCAAUUCUUCUAUUAAUAAUUUAGGCAUAAAAGAAAAGAAAAAAAUGGAUAUAAAACACAUAGAACAAAUACGCCUAACAAAUUCUAAUAAAGAAAAUUCAGAAGGUACAAAAGGCUGUAAUGAAGAUUGCGAUGAUUUUUUACAAAAAAAAGUUCAAUCCAUAUGCUUAUUAAGUGACUACUUGGAAAAAUUAGGUCAUCAAAAAUUAAAAAGUAUUUGUACGGAUAAUACAACUUUUUUAAAAUUAAUUACCGUAUUAGAGCAAGAAUUGAAGAUUAAAAUUUACACGAACAUGAUGUAUUCUAUGCUUAAUGAGGAUAUCGUCAUUUUGUAG